UAAUCAGUCACAAUUGCAAGGUUAAGCACAUAGUGAUGCCUAAAGUGCGGUGUGCUUUGUCUCCUCUGACGUCAGUGCCGCUUUAUAAAGAUCAGUUCCGCGUGACUCCCGGGCUUUUGCGACGCGCUCCACCCACUAACGCGCGAUGAGCGGCAGAGGAAGACCGCGCAAAGACCGCGACGACAAUCCCGGCUCACCUAAAGCGAAAAGUCCACCGACUACACGAAAGAAAAGCACUCCGACACUUAAUGAGCAGUUAGAGGACAAGAAGACAACGGCGAAAGCCAAAAAGCUCCAGGAAAGUCAAGACGUCGGCUCGCGGGAUGGCGUUAAUUCCCCUGAAGGACCACGAAAACCCAAAGCAACCAAAAGUGGCGAGAAGAAAACAGUCGGCUCAGAGCGCAGGGCCAACAGUAUCGAGGAAGAUCCGAGCAAAACUCAACAGCGUGCACCUGAAAAGGCGAGGACCAGUCAGGGACCAGAGACAGCCAAAGCGAGAUGCCCUAUAAAAGCCCAAGAAAGUCAAGAGGCUCAUCCGAGGACAUCUCCAAAGAGUGCUACCUGCACCGAAGAGCCACAAACACCCAAAAGAGCGAAAAGUGUCGAGAAGAAAUCAGCCCCGGUAUCCUCAACGAGACGAGGCAGCAGUACCGACGGGAAUCCGAGUAAAACAUUGCAAAACGCUCUGGAAAAGUUGACGGUAAAGAAGAGCCAGAGGUCAGAAGCAGCAGAAUGCGUGAACGCGAUACAGGAGACAAUAACGGAUUAUCUGAAAAAGAACGUGAUUUGGUGCAAAGAUAUCAGCCCUCUGAAGACCGGGAGUUAUUAUGAAAACGUUAAAAUCUGUGAGCCUGACGAGUUUGAUGUCAUGCUGACUAUCCGUGUGGACAGGGUCAAGCUUGAGCCUUUCUCAGACGACGGUGCCUUCUACAGUGUAGAAAUGAAACGACAGUCUCCAAGACAUCCUUUAGACAAGUUUGUGAAUGAGGACAAAACCAUCAUGGCCAGUGAAAUGCUCAAUGAAUUCCGGCAGAAAAUAAAAGAAGCCCUGGGAACACUACCAUAUGAUGUUAGACUGGAGAGAAAGAAGAUAGGCUGUCCAGCUGUAACUCUGGUCGUAAACGAAAAAAAAAAGGAAAUUUCAAUUGAUUUUGUCCUUGGUCUGGAAGUCCACUCAAGCUGGCCAGAUUUUACGAAAGAUGGCUUCAAAAUAGAAAACUGGCUCGGCAAAAAUGAGAGGAUGGAGCAAAGAAGAGAACCGUUUUAUUUGGUGCCUAAAUAUGAGGGAAGAGGCAACACAGAGCAGGAUGGAGUUAUGGCUAAAGAUGCUUGGCGGAUUUCGUUCUCACAUGUGGAGAAGUACAUCCUGAAAAAACACGGCAACAGAAGGACAUGCUGUCAGGGAGAACAGAAAUGCUGCAGGAAGCAGUGUCUGAAACUUCUAAAAUUCCUCUUCCAACGGCUGAAGGAGGAGCAUCCGGAGGAGACGGAAAAGCUCUGCUCAUAUCAUGCCAAGACGACACUGUUUCAUGCUUGUGCUAAAAGAGUGAUGGAUAGUGAAUGGGCAUUUAGCGAGCUUAGCCACUGCUUUCAGCAACUUGUCAUGGACUUUGAACAACAUCUGAGGGUCUCACAACUUCCCAACUUCUUUAUCCCAUCACAAAACCUGCUCAGUUGCAUUAGCAAGAAACAUUGCAACCGCCUAGCAGACUACAUUGAAAGCCAGCGUAACAAUGGCUUUCCACUGAUGACUUAAUUCUAGAUGUCCAGAGAUUCAAAGGGCAUAACUGGGGGAAAAAAAAUAAAUUAAACGUUUUUGUCUUUGUUAAUUUUUCUCUUUACCGAUUUAAUAAAUAAAGUGUUC